UACGCGGGGGCUUGAGCCAGUGGCGAGAGAAACCGGCAUAGUGUACAAAGCGGCGCUCAGCAUCGGCAAACGAAAAGCCGCGGUUGCCGCCGGCACUGAAUCGCAAGUCCGCUACCGAGUUUAACGAAAAAGGGGGAAAAAUCGCGGCGAGAUCGCCUCGUCCCUGCAGCCGCGGCGACUGAAACUCUCCUCGUGCGUCUUCUCCGUCGGCUCGUGAUUGUGGAAGUUAAUAAAAUACAGAGUGAACGACGAGACGAGCUCCCGACGAAAGUUCGUUUGUCGUUAUGAAGUUGUUGACACUUUCGAACAAAAGUGGGCACUCGCAUGCUUGAAGUGACCACCGACAAAUGUUUCAAAGCCAACGGACAGCUCACGAGCAGCGAGCUUCCCUCAAUCUUUUAAUCUCCACUCGCGUUAUACGGAGAAGGAAUGAAAAACCGAUGAAAAUGAGCGUCAACGAGAUCGGGUUCACGGAUCGUUCGUUUGGGGAACGAAACGAGCUGCUGCGAGGCCUCUCGCUAUCCGGUACCGACGAGAGUCGUCGCUUCAAUAAAAUAUAACAACAACAGUACGUGCGAUAAGAGAGAUUUUUCGCGCUCGGGCACAUCGCGGGGAGACGAUUGCUGCAAAUCGCCAGGACAGACAGCGAUUAAUCACGCGUUUUUCUCCUUCAUUCCACGAGCUUUUGUUUCCUUCGUGUUCCUCGCAAAUUGGCACGUGUGAUAAGACGAAUUUGUAAUCGCUGGACGGAACGAUUGGGAAAGAAGAAACAAAAUUACGAGGCGAAAUGAAUUUUCGGCUCGUUCCGGCUUGCUGGCUCGAGCACGCAGAUCGUCACGGGACUUGAGACGAUCCUGCGACUCUCGGCAACCUUUUUCUAAGCGCCGCGUUUAUUGGCAAGUGUGUUUUAUCCGUCAGUGAUGAAUGAUAAAUCGCGGAAAAACCGAUAACGUGGUUGUUCGUUGAAUUUUUUUAACGAGAGACGAACCCAUCCCAGGGACGAGAACGGAGUUGAGAAUUUUUAUAACGCACACAAGGACUCAUGAUGCAGCCGUUCUCGUCGAGCAACACGAUGGCCUGCACGGACACUCCGACGAGCCUUCCGACGGCGGAGCGUCCGCGUCAAACGUCAACAACCCCGACACCUACGGCGUGCCGGAACCUCAACUUCUCAAUAGCGAAGAUAAUGGAACCGGACAAGCGGCUGAGCGAGGCUUCCUCGCAGCCCGGUUUGCCCAGCGGUCAAGGCAGCACGAUAAUCAAUGUUUCGAGCAGCGGUGUGACGAGCGGGGGCUCGCGAAUACUUCAACAAGCAUCGCCCACCAGCGGCAUAUCGUCGCUGUCGUAUUCGGCUCACUUGGAAUCGGCCUUCAAGAAAUACGUGCCGACUCUCAGGCAUCAGAGUCUCCUCCAGCACUACCCGCUUCUGUAUUAUCAUCCAGGCCCGCUUUUGCGAGGUUUUCCUGGCGGUCACGGGGCCGCCGCAGCGGCAGCCGCGGCCGUUGUUGCCGGCGGCACUCCCACGGGGCAACUCCACAACUCACCGCCUCCCGGUGUCCUCCAGGAAGCCUCGAGGCUGAGCUUGAACGGCAGCGAAGAUUCUUCGCCCGAAGCGCACCAUCACAGUCACCACCAUCACCAUCACCACGGCAGCCACGCCAGAGCGACUCCGGCCGGGAAUUCGAGCGACUCCCCUCCCGCAGGACCCGCGCGGAAAAAAAGUCCAUCGCCCCGGGAUUCGAGUCGCGAGUCGAGCGCGAAUUCGUCCGCGAAACAGAAAACCUUCACGUGUCCGGACUGCGGGAAGGUCUUCAACGCGCACUACAACCUGACGAGACACAUGCCAGUCCACACGGGGGCGAGACCUUUCCUGUGCAAAAUCUGCGGCAAGGGUUUCCGGCAAGCGAGCACUCUUUGCAGGCACAAAAUCAUUCACACCGCCGAAAAACCGCACAAGUGUUCGACCUGCGGCAAGGCUUUCAACCGAAGCUCGACGCUCAACACCCACACCCGCAUCCACGCCAAUUACAAGCCUUUCGUUUGUGAGUUCUGCGGCAAGGGCUUUCACCAAAAGGGCAAUUACAAGAAUCACAAGCUCACCCACAGCGGCGAAAAAGCUUACAAGUGUAACAUAUGCAACAAGGCCUUCCACCAGAUCUACAAUCUCACUUUCCACAUGCACACGCACAACGACAAAAAACCAUUUUCCUGCAAGAUCUGCGGCAAGGGAUUCUGUCGGAAUUUCGAUCUCAAGAAGCACAUGAGAAAGUUACACGACGCCGGCUCCCCCGUUCACGCCGGACUCGGUGGCUCCACCGUUUCCGGACACGUAGAAAGCUCUUCCUUCUCCUCGAUCCAUCACGGCCCGAGUACGGGGCACGCCUUCGUCAGUCCCUUCCUCCUUCCACCGCCGAGUUCGACUGCGAGUUACCUGAGCAAAAUGUUGUGACAAAACGAGAGCGUUCAUCACUACGCUAGGAACAAGAAUCAUCAUCAAUUCCCGAUGCUGCUCGGGAGCCACUGUUACAACAGCGACGUCGGCCAGCACAUGACGCAGCCCAUGAAGUAAAAGCGCCUCCUGACCGCUCGCGUCGGAGUGUCUCGAUGCACGAAACCAAAGAUCAUAAAUUUAGUUGAGAGAACAACAACAAAAAUACUAGAACAAUAAAAUAACACGAAAGGAAAAAAAAGCUCGAAACGAAGCUCACUGCAGACUACGAUUGUCCCGUCUCCGUGCGUUAAUGCCUCCGCAGAUAAAAAGCAGAGCCCGCGAACCGUGUUGCCGUCCUGCCGUUUGUUAUCGAUUUUCGCAUCGCUUCUCGCCCGCUGACGAAUCCAUGCGUGGGCGUGCAAGCAGCAGAGAUUUCGGACAGCGUAACACGACGAGGGAUUCGGGGAUAAUUGGUCGAAGCGCAAUAACAAAUAAAUGGGACGAAAUAAACGAAGAUAGGGAGAUUUAAAAAGCGAGAAACAAUAAACAACUUCGAUAAAAAUUGUUAUUAAUACAACUGGACGAAGAACGCGCGAAUGUAGCGAGACAAACAAUAGAAAGCAUGCUCACCGAGGCGUAAAGCCCGAGUAGAAAUAAGCCGCAUUGGUUCGAACGGACGAUUUCAGGGAAUCAUGUGCAAAUGCAAAUUCGCGAAAUAGAAAUCCUCCUCGUCUGUUUUAUCCCACGUAUAACUGUACACAUAUAUAUGUACAUACAAAUACACGUGGAUACGUCGACGUACAAAUACAGUAUGUUGAAUCUCUUUUAGUUGGACGCGCAAUAUGGGCUCGCGUUUGCAGCCCGGUAUACACGCUAAAAGUAAACCCUGCUGGUUUGCGCUGAUGGGGAGUUGAAUCAACACGAGCUGCUUCGUCGCCCACAACCUCAUCUUUCUCCCUUUCUCUCUCACCUACUCUCAUCGCAUGUUUACGCGUCUGGUGCGAUGCGAGACCGGAGGAGGAACGCGCUCUCGCGCGCACGUCUCGUUGGAGAAAUACGCGUGUGCAUACAAGCGUCAUCCCCGCGGGCGAUAUUCUGUAACCGAUUACCGAUUGGUUUACUAGACGAUCGAAUAUCCGGCGCACACCCGCACGCUCGAGGUCCAACCGCUAGCGAGACAUUCGGAGGUAAAUAGGUUGGCUACGUUGCACGUAACGUUCGUCGGCAAAGCUUGAAAAUCGAGACCGAUGUUCCAUCAAUUUUUCUCUAUUUGCCGUAUAUUUGGGUGUGUGCGCGUGUGUCUGUAUUAAUGGCAGUUUUCAGAAUUCUAAGGAUCCUUAAUGCGGGCCCCAGACGCGGUGGACACGAAUUUCGCGCCCGGAUCGUAGAACCUGAUGCCCUCGAGCUUGGUUACUUCGGUUUUCGCGUUGGAAUCACAAUAUUUUUGAAAACCAGCCAUCACUUGUCGUUGCCAUGGAAAAUUCCUGGGGACUCGAGUUUCUCCGUGGUCCAAUUUCACGCUCCUCCCUGAUGCAGGAGCGUCGAUAAAAAGAUUCUUCGCGGAGGCUACUAAUCUCUCGAUUCCCUUGUUUUUUGACGUUUUCUCGAAUUCCUUCGAUCAUCGACCGACAGUUCGUCGCGUGUGCUUUCGAAGAUUGUCCAAUGGCCGAAUAUUAUCGAUCUUAAAACAUCGCGACUCUCCGUGCCCCCUUAAUUGCAUCCUGAAAAUCGAUUUUCCGAGCUUCAUUCAACGUUGCUUACAGCGAAACAUGCCACGCGCUUCGAAUCCUGCUUAAUGACACAGUCCUUGAUCACAGAUCGAUACUCAACGAUGAAUUGUUGAAAAUUCUCAAAACUGCCAUUGCAACGAACGAAAGUCGAGGACGACGCCCUUCGGUGUAUACAUGUAGCCGGCAUUUUUCAAUUGUCUGUCGAUUUAUAGAAUAUGUGUGUAUAUACAUAUAUAAAAAUAUAGUUUUCUCGCUCUACGUACUUGUUUGUAAAUAUUUGUAAAUAUACUGUGUGUCUGCGUGUAUACAGCGAAUACACUUUUCGACGUGAUAUACGACGAGCGAGAUUUUCAUUAUGUACACCGUUUAAUUUUCACUGUGCAGCACACGGAUAGACUCCAGAUCAGUGAAUCGUAUUAUAUAUACAUGGAUCGUACAGAUAUACGAAUAAAUCGAUAUAAAAAUAUAUAAAUAUAGGUAUAAAUAUAAAUAUUAUAUGUUUAUAAAUUUAGGGGAAAGAAUGUAUAAAUCGGUGUGAUAGUAGAUUUAAGAGAGCCGUCUAUUAGAUAGCCAAUAAAAUGUUGCCCACACACUCUCACUCCGGAUCGACCCUGGACUCACUCCCUUCUUGGCCUUUAGUUUUUUUUUAAUUUAUUUUCUUAAUUUCAAUAAUUUCACGAGUUCUGAGUAUUUUAUGAAAAGCUUUAUGAAAAGAGCUCAAAUUAGUCAAGAAUUUCGUAGGUUGGCAGUCUGAAAGCAAACCCCCAAGAUUUUUAGAUUUUUCACAACGAACGUUUGUCUUUGGCCCUGUUUUGAUACGUUUCAAUGAGCUGGCGGGUACGACGAUGAAUUCGUAGCCGAGAAAUUCGUAGAGUAAGUCGAAUAGACUUGACUUAUAAGACGAAUUUUUUUCGUCGAUCCUGAUCCCACGGUCUCAGUUGAAAAUCUGUCAACUCCUAACGUUAAUUUACUGCUUUUUUCAUCCCCGACGAGACAACUGAAACUCCGUUCUGUCCACGCGUUUCCUGUAAUCCUGGAAAAAUAAGAGUCGCAAUAUCGAGAGAGAAAUAUGUUUUGUGAAAAUUGAAAUAAAAGACAAAACACGAAUGAGACUUUACGAGUGUCGAGAAUGUAGGCAGUUCGUAAUAUUUAGGGCGAGCGAGCCUGUGAAUAAAGUAAAUACAUGAAGCACUGCGAGAAUAAAAAAACGAUAUAUGUUUAUUAAAUUAAUAUAUGUAGAUAUUCGAUUUAGAGUAGAAACAAGCGCGAAAAACGUAACGAGUGCGUUGAAAUUCAUAUUUUUCCUGUCCCCCUCUGUCUCUGUCUCUAUUUCCCUUCCCCCUCGUCUCAUCCUCUCUCAAUCUCUGUCAUUCGCUCUCUCGCUCACGCCCAGCCCAAAUACGAGACACUCUCUUGUAAAUAAUAGAUAACCAUGAUCCACGCAAUAAAUUCAUCGAUACGAAUGAAAAA